GGGGAGGAGGUGGAGGAGGCGGCCAGUCUUGCGCAGACUGCCUGCCUACAGCCCCAGUGAUGCUGCUGAUGCUGCCGCAGCUGCUGCUGCUGCUGCUGCCUAAAUGGAGCCCGUGAUGUAAAUACAAGGAUGGCGAGGGCAGCGGAUGGAACACGCCGCCUCAUGUGUGCUUGACAUCGGACAGUUUCUUCUCGACGCGCCUUGCGGACGCUGCACGCUAUGCAUCCAUGUCUUUAGCUUGACGCAAAAAAACGCCAAAGCGAAACGCGGGACGCUUCUCCCUGAAAAGCAGGACAACAACAACAAUAAAAGAGACUCGGGAUUAAAGAGGGUCAUUAUGACCUUAGACGCCUCCAGUGCAAGGAAACCAUCGGAUUGCGUUCAGGCGGCCGCGUUGUGCUUGCAUCUCAUGCUUUGGAUUGCGUGUGCAGUGUCCGGAGAGGAGCACCAGCACUUCAACGUCGAGGGAUGGCUACAGAGGUAUGGCUACCUUCCCCGCACAGAACCCAAAAUGUCCGUCUUGCGCUCAGCCCAAACCGUGCACUCGGCCAUCGCCGCCAUGCAGCGUGCCUAUGGCCUCAAUGUCACCGGGACACUGGAUGAGAGAACCAAGGAUUGGAUGCAGAAGCCCCGCUGCGGCGUUCCAGACACGCUCAAAAGUGCUUCGAGGUCACGGAGGCGGAGAUAUGCGCUGACAGGACAGAAGUGGCAGCGUACGCACAUCACCUACAGUAUAAAAAAUGUCACACCAAAGGUGGGGGCCCGUGAGACCCACGACGCCAUCCGCCGGGCAUUCGACGUGUGGCAGGGCGUGACGCCGCUGCGCUUCGAGGCCGUCCCUUACAGUGCCCUGGAGACGGGCCGGCGUGAUGUGGACAUCACCAUCAUCUUCGCCUCGGGUUUCCACGGUGACAGCUCACCUUUCGACGGGGAGGGCGGCUUCCUCGCCCACGCCUACUUUCCUGGGCCCGGCAUAGGUGGCGACACCCACUUUGACUCAGAUGAGCCUUGGACCCUGGGGAACCCCAACCAUGAUGGGAACGACCUCUUCUUGGUCGCUGUUCACGAGCUGGGCCACGCCCUCGGCCUGGAACACUCCAAUGAUCCCACUGCCAUCAUGGCUCCUUUCUACCAGUACAUGGAUACAGAGAACUUUAAACUACCUCACGACGACCUGCAGGGCAUCCAGAAGAUCUACGGUCCACCCGACAGAGCCCCGCAGCCGACCAGGCCUCCGCCCACGGCGCCCCCUCCUCGCUUCCACCUUCCUUCGGACCCCCGCAAGCACGACCGCCACGCCAGGCCCCACCGCCCUCCGCAGGGGGCCAAGCCAUCCAACCCCAACUCCAAGCCCAACAUCUGCGAUGGAGGCUUCAACACGCUGGCCAUCCUGCGGCAGGAACUUUUUGUCUUCAAGGACCAGUGGUUUUGGAGGGUGCGGGACAACUCGGUGGUCCCUGGAUACCCCAUGCAAAUCAACUACUUCUGGAAAGGCUUGCCUGCCAAAAUCGACGCCGUUUAUGAAAACAGCGAAGGAAAAUUUGUAUUUUUCAAAGGUAACCGCUUCUGGGUGUUCAAGGACACGACUCUGCAGCCGUCCUACCCGCAGGACAUCUCGCUGUUUGGCAGCGGCAUGCCCACGCAGAGCAUUGAGACGGCCGUGUGGUGGGAGGAUGUGGCCAAGACUUACUUCUUCAAAGGAGACAGGUACUGGCGCUACAAUGAAGAUAUGAGGACCAUGGAUCCAGGUUAUCCCAAGCCUAUCACCAUCUGGAAGGGCAUCCCCGAUUCUCCGCAGGGGGCUUUCGUGGACAAAGCCAACGGCUUCACCUACUUUUACAAGGGUAAGGAAUACUGGAAGUUCAACAACCAGCUGCUCCGCGUGGAGCCGGGCUACCCACGCUCCAUCCUGCGCGAUUUCAUGGGCUGCGACGGUCUCCCCCCGGAUCCCGACUGGGACUGGAGCCCGCCGGCAGCCGAGGAGCGCCACUACGACAGCGGCGACGCCGACGUGGUCAUCAAACUGGACGGUGCGGGCGGUACGGAGAAGGCGGUGGCCAUCGCCAUCCCGUGUGUCCUGGCGCUCUGCAUGAUGGUCCUGCUGUACACCGUGUUCCAGUUCCGCAGGAAGAGCACGCAGCGCCACAUACUGUACUGCAAGCGCUCCAUGCAGGAGUGGGUGUGAGGAAGGCCUGGGCUCGCCGAGCUCGGAUCGACAGGUUUCGAAAUCGCCGGCCGCGUAUUGCGAUGCCUGGCAGAACUGCACAAAAGGAGACUGAAGGCAGUGAGGGAGCCAUAUCUCUUAAGUCCUGUGUAUUUAUCUACUUGGACUCUUUUUCUCUAACAAACUCAACAGUGCGAGUGUGACUCAAGUUCCUGUAUGUAAGUGGACUUUUUUUUUUUUUUUGGUCUCUCCUGUCUGCACACUUGCUUGAAGAAACUUCCCGAGCACCAACCAAUUAGAUUUAAGCUUCAAAUUGACUUUUGUUCUCAAUGGAAUCACCCUGAGCUGUGCUUUUUUUUUUUUUUUUUUAAAUUGAAAUUGUAUGACGGAUAGACACACACACACACACACACACACACACACACACACACACACACACACACACACACACAGAUUGUGUGGACCUUUUCUUCCAAAGAGGAUGUUGGCUCAAGUUUUUUCCCUUACUUUUGGUAACACAUUCAGAUUUUUUUUCAGAAUAUGUGAAGAUGGCAGGCAGCUAUAAAGUGUGGUAAAAAUGAAACAACAAUAACACAACACAACUAACUAGCCAUUUUGAGGGUACGUCCUUCAUCCAAAAAACUGUGCCAUAACGGCCU